GGGUACUGCGCAUUAGAGAAACCGGAACUGGUUGAGAGCCAAUGCAAUCAUGAAGAGUAUAUUAUCGCGUGCGGUAUUCGUAGCACUCUCGUGGAAAACUCGCUAUGUAAUUUCUAGUGUCAGUAGAUACUAGAUACCCCAAAAUUCUCUGACAGAUUAACCUCGGUAGUGCCUUCGAGUUUGCAAUUCAGGCCUCUGAUGAAUUACUGAAGCUCAAGAACAGAGCAUAUCUAGCACUGCGUUUACAUUUUCGGUGCGACAGUCCAGUAUUCUUUUCCCCCUCUUGGCCCCUAAUUUCUUAAAUUAGGAAACUAUUUUUUUUCUGAAAUGAUGACAAAAAAUGGUUAUGCAGUCAGAGCAGCCUAACACAAGGAACACAAGCACGUCUCCCUUGCUUAGCACAGGGGAUAAACUGCCUUACCAUCAACGGGUGCCCCAAGCUGGCUUUUCUGCGCCUUUAUAAGGAGUCGGUUGAACUGAAUUCGGCAGGAACAGGUAGAAAGCAGCAGCGCAUGCAGGUGCAGCGGCAAGGCAUCUUGGGAAACUUCUCCCAGGCGUCAUCCACACUGACACGGCUUGGUUAGCUGUACACACUACACACUACACGAACAACUCUCUCUCUCUCUCUCUCUCUCGUCACUGCCUGCAAGGAAGCAGCUCAGGGUGCUAGCUGCUGCCACGCAAAAACUGCAAGGGGAGGCCUAUAUAUACACGCACCCCUCUUCUAGCUAGCCUUCAAAACUCUUUGAACUACUCUUGACUGUAGCGUAGUGCAUGGUGUGAGUUUGGCUGGCCAUUUCAACAACACAACAAGUUUCAGUUAGUUUCAUCCUUGGAGAGAGGCCCUUUUGACAGUGCUUGAAUUCAGAAAUUUUGGUUUAGAGUUCAGAGACGUUUGAUUGGUUUGGAGUUGGGAGAAUGGGAGGCACACUGGAGUACUUGUCCGAGCUGCUGGGUGGCGGCAGCAGCCGGCGGCGGUACAAGAAGAGGAAGCAGUUCCAGACGGUGGAGCUCAAGGUGCGCAUGGACUGCGACGGCUGCGAGAUGAAAGUCAGAAACGCCCUCUCCAGCAUGAAAGGGGUGCAGUCGGUGGAGAUCAACCGGAAGCAGUACAAGGUGACGGUGCAGGGGUUCGUGGAGCCGCACAAGGUGGUGAAGCGGGUGCAGGCCACGGGGAAGAAGGCCGAGAUCUGGCCCUACGUGCCCUACAGCCUCGUCGCGCACCCCUACGCCGCCCCCGCCUACGACAAGAAGGCGCCGCCGGGGUACGUGCGCAGGGUGGACGCCGUCAUGCCGGUGUCCAGCUACGGCGCCGCGCCGCAGGAGGAGAGGCUCGUCACCAUGUUCAGCGACGACAACCCCAACGCCUGCUCCAUCAUGUAGAUUGAUUAGCUAGAAUCUAGAUCGUGCGUGCGCGCAGCUUGUGACAGAAAACUUAAGAAUGUGGUGAAAAUGUGAAGCGAUAGAUGAUCGUAUCGAUCGGUUCGUUGGAUGCUCAUGGUGGUGACACGUGUAUGUAAUUACGUAGCUAUAUAUGUUUGUAUAAACUAAUAGAAGUUUGAAAAGAGAGCAUGGGAGAAGAUAUUUUUCAAAAGGUUCGUCUCCUGCAUGUGCUGUCGAAUCUUAGCCUACCUUCAGGU